GCAAAAAUCGCGCUGCCAUCACUACAGUAGCAGCAGCCGGCACAACAGAAACCUUUUCCCGUACUUUUUCCAAUCGGCCACCCCCACCACGGUUACACCGGAAGUGUCCAUGGUUACUUCAUAGAACGGCCGGGCUUAUACAAAACUACAUUACUUUUUGUUCCACUCCUCCUGGGAGCCUUUCCGACCGGCGGUUGUUCCCUAAACCAAAGAGCGAGAUACCAUCCUCGCUGACGUCACGAGUGAGGCAGAUGGCAGCACAGUGUGUAACGAAGGUAGAGCUGACCAUCUCCUGUAGCAACCUCCUGGAUAAAGAUGUUGGCUCCAAAUCAGACCCUUUGUGUGUGCUGCUUCAGCACACAAGUGGACAACAGUGGUAUGAGGUUGAUCGCACAGAAAGGAUCAAGAACUGUUUAGACCCCAAGUUUUCAAAGAGAUUCCUAAUUGAUUACUAUUUUGAGCUAAUCCAGAAGCUCAAAUUUGGAAUUUUUGACAUUGACAAUGCAACCGUUGAACUGAGUGAUGAUGACUUCUUAGGAGAAUUUGAAUGCACAUUGGGGCAGAUUGUUUCUAGCAAGACACUCACCAGGCCGCUACUGUUGAAAAAUGGCAAACCUGCUGGGAAAGGAAAAAUUACGAUUACAGCUGAAGAAGUAAAGGAUAAUCGAGUAGUCAUAUUUGAAGUUGAAGCAAGGAAACUGGACAACAAGGAUUUCUUUGGAAAAUCUGAUCCUUAUUUGGAGUUCCACAAGCAGACCUCUGAAGGAAACUGGGUGAUGGUGCACAGAACAGAAGUUGUUAAAAAUAACUUGAAUCCUGUUUGGAGGCCAUUUAAAAUUCAUCUGAACUCUUUGUGUUAUGGUGAUAUGGAUAAAACAAUCAAGGUUGAGUGUUAUGACUAUGACAGUGAUGGGUCGCAUGAUCUCAUAGGGACCUUUCAGACCACACUAUCAAAACUGAAGGAAGCAUCACGACAUUCACCAGCUGAAUUCGAAUGCAUCAAUGAGAAGAAGAGGCAAAAAAAGAAAAGCUACAAGAAUUCAGGCGUUGUGAGCGUUAAACGCUGUGAGGUUAUCAUGGAAUGUACUUUCCUGGACUACAUCAUGGGAGGGUGCCAGCUGAAUUUCACUGUUGGCAUUGACUUUACUGGCUCCAAUGGAGAUCCUCGCUCUCCAGACUCCCUACAUUAUAUCAGCCCUAAUGGAGUGAAUGAAUACCUGACUGCCAUUUGGUCUGUUGGGAUGGUCAUUCAGGACUAUGACACAGAUAAGCUGUUCCCAGCUUUUGGAUUUGGUGCUCAGAUUCCUCCUUCAUGGCAGGUAUCACAUGAAUUUCCAUUAAACUUUAACCCAUCAAACCCAUUUUGCAAUGGAAUCCAAGGUAUAGUGGAUGCAUACCGGGCCUGCCUACCUCAAGUAAAAUUGUAUGGGCCCACCAACUUUUCUCCGAUAAUAAAUCAUGUGGCUAGAUUUGCUGCAGCAGCCACACAGCAAAAAACAGCUUCACAAUAUUUUGUGCUCCUGAUCAUCACUGAUGGCGUGAUAACAGACCUUGAUGAGACCAGAUCUGCCAUUGUUAAUGCAGCCAAGCUUCCCAUGUCUAUUAUCAUCAUUGGUGUUGGAGGAGCUGAUUUCAGUGCUAUGGAGUUCCUUGACAGUGACAGUGGAGCUCUAAGGUCUCUUUCAGGAGAGGCUGCUAUUAGAGACAUUGUCCAAUUUGUGCCAUUUAGACAAUUCCAGAAUGCUCCCAAAGAAGCUCUUGCUCAGAGUGUCCUGGCAGAAGUGCCUCAGCAAGUGGUGAACUACUUCAGCACAUUCAAGCUCCAGCCUCCAAACAACCCUGCAGCAAAGCAAGGUGGCAGCUGAGCAGGUGACCCUAAGAAUCCAGUCCGCUCGGUGGGGAAUGCCUGCACCACCUGCCUCUCUAGCCUCAGCAGGCCAUGGUGGAUGACAGGGCCUUUGGCUACAUUGUGUAAAAUGUAUAAACUGUUUUUAAGGUAGUUUUGUUUGUUUUUGUCCUGCAUUGCCAAAGAUGCCAUUUUGCUUUAACAAUCCAUUACAAGCAAGAUUGAAAAAUUUGUUUCAGUUUACAAAAGUUACAAACCAUGUACAUCUCCAGAAAGGACAGACUAGUUCCUUUUUUUGUCAUGCCAUCAGCUCUUGGGCUCUUUCAUUCUAGUGCACAGGACAAAGCACAGUGUCUUUCCAUUUAGGAUUAUUCAGCACAGCUCAGGGUUUUGGUGUGCCUGAAACUAGUAUGUUUCACCCACCUUGACUACUUCCUUUAAGAGAGCGUUGGCUGCUCAAAGGCUCCAUAAGCUUAGUAUAAAAUGUUGAACCAUUAAUACAGAGAUAUCAUGACCAGAACAGAGAAGGUAAAGGUCAGUCUUGCAUUUUGCUCCAGUUACUUGUUUUUCUGGGCCACUUCUGAACAUUUGCAGUUUAAUGAUACGGUAAAAAAAAAAGAGCAUAGAUUGGAGCCUUGAAAUGAAUUGUGUUGAGACUUACAGAUGUAAAUCAUGUUGGUUGUUUUUAAAACCAAGUCAAGCAUCUUAUGUUUAUGCAUUGUUGUCAACAGUUGGUAUCUCUCAACUCAGCAUAGAGGAUAAAAAUUUAAUAAGGAUUUUGACUAUAUCAUAUUACAAAACUAGUUGACUUUUGGAGAAUCAAAUUAUAAAGUAAUAGCAUGUGACUUGUUAUGGACUAGGAACCCCAAUAUGUGCCAGUGAGGAAGAACUCUUCCUUGAUAGAGUAUUUUUAUCUGUUUUAUAGCUGUCUAGAAAGAGAGGUCUAUAUGCUACUGAAUCUGUACACUCUUACACUUUAAAUCUUUAUAUUGCCUUGGUUUCGCUAAUUAUGGGGCACCUCUCAUUUUUGUUCAGUAGUGCUAGGUUGCAGCUGGCCCACAGUGGCUGGAGUUGCUCUUUUUCCCUUUUUGCACAAGAACUUAAUUAGAUUGUUUUGUUCUUCAGGGUCCACUAUGCCUUUUGGGCAAGCACUACUUCUUUGUCUCCCAUUUCUUUACUAGCUGCUAGGGAAUUAGUGCUCGACUUCCCAUAUGCCCUCAGUAGUUCUUUGUCCCAUAUGCCCAUUGAUCAGUACCUGAGAAGAUGAUAUCAAGAACAUUUUCUUGUAUUUUGUUUGUUAAAGGCCUGGUCAUUAAACCAGAUGUGUACAUGGUAUUUCUGUCUUUGUGUAUGCCAUAAGUGAAAUGGAUUGGUCUGAGUUGUCUGAAAAUUAUUGUGAAUUGUGUAGUAUGAGAAAUCAUGUAGAUCACAUCCAAAUAGCAUAAAUCAGUGUUCAAAGUCUAGAACCUUACAAGUGUACUCUUUCCUUUGAGACUGGAACAGUCUGCCUCCAGUCUCCCUGCUUUGCCUCGUGAUCAUGCUAAAACUCAAAGGUGUCAAGUUAGGUUGAUUUUUAUUAUGUUCAACAAAUCUACUUUGUGGAUAACCAAAGUCAGUGGUGUAUUUAGAAUUAUCUGCUGCUCCUCUGAUUGAAUAUGUUAUUCCCAUAGUAGAUAUUUUACAUUGAAAUGUUUCUUCAGUAGGAUUCUUGUUCUCAUGUAACUGAGACCUUCUGCAAGGUUUUUUGACUAUUUUUAUCUACUUAACAGAUAGCAAAGCAAACCUGAGUUUCUGGAAUGUAGAAAUGUGUUAUGAAGUCAGGGUAUGGGUUUUUUUUGUAAUUAUUAUUUACUAGACUAUGGCCAGGCUUACAUUUGCCAUGUUUGGAGUCCAGAUGUUUUGAGGAUCACAGAAUUGAAAUAAGCUAUUAUUCAUUCUCUGUGUGAAUCAAGUUACACUCAUGCAAAUGACCCUAUAUCUGCAGUGAGAUUCUGCAGCAAAGUCUGAAAAACCCUCCAUCUCUCGUUUAGGUAAGACAUUAUACAUCUCCUUUUGAACUUGUAGCAAGAGAGAGUAAACACAGCUUCUUAUAUGGGUGCCAUUUCCCAUAUGCGUUCUGUUCUGUUCUGUGCUGUGCCUUUCUAAACUCAAACAGGGCCAUUCUAAAGCUGUAGUGUGGCUUGAAUCGUGCAGAGCUUAUAAUGGACUCUUGAACUUACUGCAGUGUUCAUCUUUUGAACAAUAAAUAGGUGUAAUCCAGAACUCGGUAACAGAAUAAUUUUCCAAAGCAACCCCCGUGAAAUAGUAACAAUAUUUACUUAAAUAAUGGCAAAGCUUAUUUUCCCCCUUCUCCAUUUGUCUCUUCAGCGUGAGCAAAAAUAAUGUAUUGGCACCACCUUGUGGCAGAAGUUGAUUGUUAGCUUUUUUAUAUAACAAAAGGAAUCUGAUUUUCCCUGUUUAUUUUCAAAGCAAAAUAGAACUUUUUGGUAUCUAAGGGUAUAUGGUUUUGUAUGCACAGUACUAUUCCUUGUGUAAUGCAGUUUCUUGUAUUUGAAGUUAAUUUCAGACAACAUUAUCUUGGUGCCAUAUAACAGGAUAUUAAACUCUGCUUAAGUCUCAACA